CUCCUCCUCCCGAACUUUCUAGGUUUUCGUUUGUCGGCUCUUUCGGUCUCCUGUUGAUUAGCGAUCAUGCCUCGCCGUAGUUCCAGUGGUCGUUCUGCCCCUCGUGCUGCUCCACGCCCUGCUCCCAUGAGGAACCCUCCACAACCUGUUCACCAAGCGCCACCUCCAGCUCCUGUUCAGGCUGGUGGGUCAGUCCUUGGAGGAAUCGGAUCCACCAUCGCUCAAGGGAUGGCAUUUGGCACAGGCAGUGCUAUUGCUCACAGUGCAAUAGAUGCUGUUAUGGGACCUCGCACCAUCCAGCACGAGACCGUGGCAUCUGAAGCUGCAGCAGCCGUCCCUGCCGCCACAAUGGGCAAUGCCGUGGGCACCGACGCAUGCGGUGUUCACUCGAAAGCUUUUCAGGAUUGCGUUAACAAUUUUGGGAGCGACAUCAGCAAGUGCCAAUUUUAUUUGGAUAUGCUGAAUGAGUGCCGCCGAGGUUCCGGUGCUUCUUUCAACGCUUGAUCUAUUUCGUCUUAUGCUUUUGCAUAUGCUGACGCAUUUAAGCAUUAAUACGUGUGCCUAUGAAUUCGGCAUAUUUAUGAUUCAAUUAAGUUUGUUACUAGAAAGCAAACAGAUAAAAACUGCACGCUAUUAUUUUGUUUUAAACCAAAUAAACAACUUCGUCAAUCUUAAAAUUAUAAAUGAUA